CGCCUGGCCGCGCUCAAGGAUGAGCCGCAGACGGUGCCCGAUGUGCCGAGCUUCGGCGAGAGCCCGCCGCUGUCGCCCAUCGACAUGGACACGCAGGAGCGUAUCAAGGCGGAGCGCAAGCGGCUGCGCAACCGCAUCGCCGCCUCCAAGUGCCGCAAGCGCAAGCUCGAGCGCAUCUCGCGCCUGGAGGAGAAGGUCAAGACGCUCAAGAGCCAGAACACCGAGCUGGCGUCCACCGCGAGCCUGCUGCGGGAGCAGGUGGCGCAGCUCAAGCAGAAAGUGCUCAGCCACGUCAACAGCGGCUGCCAGCUGCUGCCGCAGCACCAGGUGCCCGCGUACUGAGCCCGGAGCGGCGCGCAUGCGCGGCCCCCGGGGAGGGGGGGCGUAUGCGCCCGGGACUUGGAGCGGGUGCCGCGCCGGGGAGCGCCCCCGGGGGUGCCCGGGACUGGAGAGGGUGCCGCCCCAGGGAGCGCUACGCAGGGUGCUCGGGGCUGAAGAGGGUGCCUUCGGGGGAUCCUUCCCUAGGGCGCCUGGGACCGGAGAGGGGCCUGUCCCCGGGGUCGGCCCCCGAGGGUGCCCAGGACUGGAGAGGGCGCGGCCCCCACCCCCGAGGGCUCCCAGGGCCGCAGAGGGCGCCCUGGAUCGACAAGCUGGGCCCCCUGCCCGGGGGGCGAGCGCACGACCCCCGCCCCGCGCCGCCUCUGCCCGUGCCCGCCGCCCUUUGUGUGCCGCCGCGGGGGCCCCGGGCCGCGCAGCCUCCAGCCCUGCGAGCUCCUUUCUCUUUCUAUUUUUUGCCUUUGGAAGAGAGACGAACAGAGUGGUCGACUGUGCCCUAUUUAUGUUUCUACUCGGGAACAAACGUUGGUUGCGUGUGCGUGUGUGUUUUAUCGUGUUGGAUUUUUUUAAAGAAACGAGAAGAAGAAAAAAACGCUCCUCCCCUUUCCUGGCUCUCGCCCCGGCCGUUCCUCCACGCCGUCCCCGCCCCUCCGCCCUUUUUGUUCUGUUGUUUUGUUUUGCCACGAGCCCACAUUCCUGUUUGUAAUCCUCGGUUCGCCCGGUUCUGUUUUCAGUAAAGUCUCCUUACGCCA